AUGCUCCUCUUCGAUCCAUCACAUAGACUGAUCCCUCCUCCUUAUGAUAUUGAUAAGACCUUACAGUCCCAUUUUAAGCUAGCCCAGAAUCUUACGAGAACACAAGCAAACGAGGAUUCGGAUGAACUACUUUUGCAAAUCCCCUCAUUCGAAGUGUGGGCUAAUCUAGCUCUGGACGCUGGUAUUCCCAAGACAGUGCUGGACGUUAUACGCCUCUUGGCAGUUCCUAAUCCGACGAGCAGACCUUCAGCUAUGGAAGCCCUUCAAUCGUCCGAAUACAAGGCUCUCCAGGAUGCAGCCGCCAAGGCCGGUGGGAAUUAG